CAGCAAAGCACGGUGAUGGAGGCUGAUGCUCCAACUGGGCCUUUGUUCACCAAAGUCCUCCAGGACCCAAAACUGGGCCAGCAGCCGGUCUGCUGCAGGGCGGCUGCAUCAAAGAGGCACCACGGUGUAGCAACCACCCAGUCAAAGUCCACAGCUCACAUGGCGCUCUGCAGCAGUACGAGCGGCUGGAUAAGUCAGACAGAAGAGGAAGUCAGUGCUGAUAAAGAUAAAGAAACCAGGACAGGACCCAGCAGCGUGUCCCGUAGGCGGAGAAGUUCCUGGUGGCGGCGGGCAGCGCGGAGCAGGGCGGUGCCGCUCUCCAAAUCUCACCUACCAGGCCGCGGCCCUUUGCCAGACAUCAGCGCCCCGCCGUCUGAGUGUGGGAUGUCGUCAGAGCUGCUGGUAGACCUGGGCGAAGACCCCGCCACGGCCCAGCUGGGGCAGCUGAAGCUGUCCACCCUGGAGGACCAGCAAUGGCCGCCCGAUGAGUUGCCUCUCAGCAAGUCAGAGACGGACGUCUCCCAGGGCUUCGACCCCGGCUCCCCCCACCUGCCCUGGGACCACCCGUUCUACGACAUAGCCCGGCAUCAGAUCAUCGAGGUCGCAGGCGACGAUAACUUUGGCAGGAAGGUGAUCGUGUUCAGCGCCUGCAGGCUGCCGCCGCACCACCAGCUGGACCACCAGAAGCUGCUGAUGUAUCUGAAAGCUACGCUGGAUCAGUAUGUAGAAAGUGACUACACGCUGAUCUACUUCCAUCAUGGGCUGACCAGCGAGAACAAGCCGUCGCUCAGCUGGCUCCGAGACGCGUACCGGGAGUUUGACAGGAAGUAUAAGAAGAACAUCAAGGCGCUGUACAUCGUCCAUCCAACCAUGUUCAUCAAGACGCUGCUGAUCCUCUUCAAACCCAUCAUCAGUUUCAAGUUCGGCAGGAAGAUUAACUACGUGAGCUACCUGAGUGAGCUGGAGGACGUGGUGAAGUGUGAGCAGCUGGUGAUCCCGACCCGUGUCAGAGAGUAUGACAACAAACUGAGAGCCUCUCUGAAACCCAGCGUCCAGCCCCCCAUGUCCCCCCCUCAUAGCCCCCCGCUGCCAGACCAGGUGUUCGGGGUUUCACUCGCCGUGCUGAGAGAGAGGGAUCCAGAUGGCGAUCCAGUUCCUGUGGUGAUGAGAGACACCGUUAGCUUCCUGUCAGAACAAGGUUUGGAGAUUGAGGGGAUCUUCAGGCGGUCCGCCAACGUGACCCUGGUGAAGGAGGUCCAGCUCAAGUAUAACUCUGGUGCCAAAGUGAAUUUCAGAGACAUGGAGGACGUCCACCUGGCUGCUGUCAUACUAAAGACGUUCCUCAGAGAGCUUCCUGAGCCUCUGCUGACGUUCCAGCUCUACAAUGACAUCGUCAACUUCACAUCUGUGUCCAGCGACAACCAGGCAGAAGUAAUGAAAACCUUGGUGGAGGGACUUCCAGAGGAAAACUACGCCGCGCUGCGGUACCUCAUCACAUUCCUGGCCCAGGUGUCGGCCAACAGCGAGGUGAAUAAGAUGAACAACAGUAACCUGGCCGUGGUCUUUGGACCCAACCUGCUGUGGGGGCGGGACUACGCCAUGUCGCUCAGCGCCAUCGGCCCCAUCAACAACUUCACCAGGAGCCUGCUGGACCAGCAGCAUCUGGUUUUCACCUAAUGCCCCCCCCCCCUCUUCCUGAGGUCUUCAUGCAGCCUGCGAUGCCACAGAGACCUGCCUCCUGGGCAGCAUUUAAACAUGAGCUCACCUCAGACCACCGCCCAUUAGGAAGGUACCCGUACCAACAGCAGCCUUCAGUUAGAGCGCCACCUACUGUGGAGCAGCCGCAUGUCAGUCCGUCUAUCGUUAGCUUCGUCCUGUGUUCAUGUGAGUCUGGCCCAACGGAAGUAAAAAGUUAUCAAUCAUUGGGUAAAAAAAUAAGACCUCUGAACAGGAGGUCUCAGCAUGCUGUAUGUUUUUCCUUUUUCAUUUUUCUCUGAGUGGAGCAUGAAGGCACCGAUCCCAUAUCUAGUGAUGGAGGCGACUCUGAUUGACCAACUCAACAUCUGUAGUUUAAAGAGCUACGACUCCCCUCUGGAUCUUAAGGUGGCUCUGAUCUCUGAACUCGCUGGUGUUCCUCUCCAUCCUCUCCAAUGGGCCUUUCCCCAUUCGUGCCGAGGAAGCGCCUCACAAACCGGACCCAAACGUCCCCUACCAGUGGCAUUUCUAGAGAGAACAGAGGUGGAGGUUCUCCUCUCUGGGAUGGACUCAGGUUUACCUAAAUAAUCGUGAACUCGGUACUGAAAUUGUGUCGACAAUCCUUGGAGCGCUUGUAGUUAAAGGAAGCCAUUGAGUAGCAUCUAGAUAGUUCUUUGUGCGGACCCCAAGCCCAGCUGUCGUAACCCAGUGCUGGACCUGGACCUGUACCGCUGAUCUGGACCAAACUGUCCGUAUAAUUCCUCAGCGCCUCAUCCGACCCAAACAUUUGACUGAUGCUGCCGUUUAGAGCUCCCAGACCUUCUUCCCAUCCCCGCAUGGUGUCGUGCUUCACUCGCCAGGGUGUGCUGGUGGAUGCUGAUGUUGCUGCAUGUCCUUAAAGGCGCUACAUCCUUAUUAGCAUUCCUUCCUGUUUCCUGUUUUAACCCAAAUUCAGCGUUUUCUUCAUGUACCGCCAGCCUAGAAAUGGUGGGUUUCAGCUUCCGUAGCAACACACCACUUAGUGACGCAUCUUAAACGACCCUGUUCCUUUUUCUAGGCUUUGUUGAUGCCAUAUUUCCUAGUCUUUCAUCGUCUUCCAGUUCUGACUUGGUUCUCCCUGCGUAGCAACAUACUGACACAGCACCACCCACCACCACCUUUCCUUAAGAGCACAAUUUAUAGGACAGGGUAGAUCUUUCUGCUCACAUGUUGUUGUUCUGCUAAUUGCUUUGAAGCGGUUGUUCAUUUGGUACGUCAUCAUUCCAGCCGCCGCACCGGAUCACCUUUACGAGUUCUUCGCUCACACAUGUAGCGCAUGCAGCCCGCUGGGUGCUGUAAGGAUGGAGGUUGUCACCGUUUCAUUCCACGCGUCUUUGUCGCCUUAUAAUUUGUUGCAUGCUGUGCCGCUAAUGGAGUUCGUCCAAGUCGCUUCAGCCUCAGCACGCCUUAGUAGAUUGGCCCCGUUCCUACAUGAUCACGGGUUCAAAACCCAGAUUUCCAGGAGUACAACCCGCCUCUGUUACUAAUUCAGUGUUCUCAUUGCCAACCAUAUGUGACCUUUGUUAAAUUUCCCACUAGAAGGAGAUUUUAAUGCCCCCGGGUUUAAAUAUAUCAGCUGGAUUAGCAUCUGUUCACAGACGAGUCGUUUCUCUCUGCCUUCGGCACAUCUGGAACUCACAGUUGAUGCUUUGACUGAUUCCAACUUUUUAGGGAAUGAAGGGUUAGCUUUAAAGAGAACGAUUUCUGGGCAAAAAAGAGCUUUUUAAGAGCCUGGUAAUUAAAAACUGAGGCAGUUUGCUUUGCAGAAACCUGUUCUGAUCCUCUUUAAAUGUCGCGGACGGGUCAGGGCUCUGAGAGACUCCUCUCCUUAACACUAAAGCCUAGAAUAUCUGCCUACAUGUUGCUCUUAUUUUUUGUUUAUUAUUUAUUAUUAUUAUUCUUAUUAGUCAUGAUCUGUGAGUUUUUCUUAUUUUACAGUCUCUCAGACUGUGCGGCUCUUAUUGAUCUCCUAAGCGCUUGUCCGCCGUCAUGCCGCCCACUGUACCGCCCCUCGGCGUCAGAGGGAAACGGUACCACAUGCUAACCAGAACCAUUCUAGGAGCUGGGACCUGUUCCCUUAACAUAGCCAUGCCGGUGUCACCCAGAUAUCCCAAAUGUCUCAGUAUUUGUGACGUGUUGUUGCUAUGUUACCUAAAAUGUCUGAAAACGCCAAAACGCGAGGACCGUAGCCCGACUGGAGCUAAAAGCAGCCGUUUACUCGUCCACUCGCAGUUCCACCAGAGCCGUGGUGGCAUGCGUGGCCGUGGCUUUGGAUCUGGUUGUUUGUGUGGAUUUGGUAGGUGUGUGUGUGUGUAAUCAGGUGAACACAUUGUAACUCCAUAAUGGUGAUUCUUUUUUUUCUUUUAAUUAUUAUUAAAGAACUGUUCUUAUUGUUCUUAUUUGAUGGAAAUGUGAUGUAAAACGUCUUAAAAAAAGAGGUACAGCGGUUCUCCAAAGUCAACACACCCUGGUGAACAGUCCUUCUUUUUGACUCGUGUCUCUUUAAAGGUGGAGAAAGUAAAAAAAAAAAAAGAUUUCUCCCGGUCUCAGUUUUAUGCCUAAAUGUUGAAUGGGAGGGGGUUGUGUUGACCUCUGAGAGCCAUUGGGGGGGAAUAAAAAUCUUACUUUAAAACCGAAAAAAGGAAACCAAGUGAAAACAAAUUAGUUUUAUAGAGUUUAAUGAGAAAAAAUGCGAGAUUCCGUGUAUGUUUGUGUUCUUGUGCCUUAUUUGUUUCCUCCAAGUGAUUUUCUUCUCUUUAGCCGUCCAAGUGCCAGUGUGGCUGUAGAUUAAAACGAGCUGCGUUCAGCGUCGCCUGUGGUUUACGUGGAGAUGUUGGCGGUCCGGGGCAGCAUUUUUAUAUGUACAGAAACUGCAGCUAACGAGAGGGGAAAAAAGCACUACGCAUCGAUAGAAAAAAACAAUUACCUUUUAAAGGUUCCAGGCCAUGAUGUUGGAUUUCUAUGAUAAAGAUGAAGAAAACAGCUUCUUAUUCAUCGGCCGUUUGAAAUGUGUUGCAAAUAAGCGCUGUUCUAACGUUCAGUGGGAAUUUCAAGACAGCAGCUUUUGUGUGCAUGGAUUCUCGUUCCCGCUCUUCCUCCUCGGUUCUGUGAUCAGUUGCAGACCCAGUAAUCUCUGGAUCUUUGUACUGUAGUUGUUAAGGUAAACGUGCAGUAAACAUACGGCCAUGGGAGGAGAUUCAGGCGCAGCUCUGACCUCCAUGCUGACUUGUUGAUACUCUGUGAUUCUACUUUCUUAACUGUGGUUUUCCAUCCUUUUACUUUUGAUAUAUAGUACUGUGGAUCUUCACCCUGUACAUGUACAAUAUGACGGUAAUAUGCUGUAUUAUCCUUAUAAAUGACCAAUAAACCAGUGGUGAAAGAAA